AGGAAAGGGACCGGAAAUGCUCAACUUCCCUGGAAGGGAGAAUCCCUGGUCGUAUUUUUGGAUUUUGACGGGUUUCGGAUACACUUAUUUCUACCAACGCGUGGGCGAUGAACUUGUUACACUUUCUCUGACCUCGCAGAAGAGAGAUCGAAUAGUUUUGAGCGAACUGAAGAGUUACAAAAUUGGCAGCGAUUCUCCUCAAUUAAAUUACUAUGGAUCCUAUUCACAAAAAAGUUCUUGCAAACAAGACUUCUGACAUAAUGAAAAGGGUUUCAAAUCCAGGAAUUUUAGUCGCUCAUCUUAAGACGAUAUUUAGCCCUGCUGACACAGAGGAAAUCGAGGCGAAAACUUCGAAUCGGGGACCUACCGCCGGAACACAAACCUUGCUUAGUAUACUAGAGAAGAGAGGAGCGAAAGCAUUUUUGCUGUUUUUAUACGCUUUGCGAGAGGAAAAAAAUGAAGAAUUGGCAGAGGAAUUGGAGGAAGAAGAAAGGAAUCUACGAGGAAAAGCAGGUGAGUAAUUACAAGCUACUCCAAUAGUCACGCUAAGUGUUUAUCUCAAGUAAGGUUAAAAUAAUUACACCUUUACACGACACCCACGCUAAACACGGAAAUUGUCAAAGUUACGUAUACACUGUUUUGGACAAAAGAAAUAAAUUUAGCAUUUCCAAGGAAAAGAAAAAACAGAAUGAUUCCCUAGGCAAAUCGGUUAUUUGUCAUUGCUUUUUAAUAACGAACAAAGGGCCGGGCGAUUUGUACAGAAAGGGUGUAAAUUCGCCUAAGUGGGAGAGGGAGCGGGGGGCUUGCUCAUCCAGAUCGUAAGAUUGAAGGGGCCUUGGAAAUAUUAUCUUGUGACCCCUGAGGGCUUUAAUUUUGCCUAAAAAUAAGGUGGGGUCCCAGCCGGUCCCCUAUCCGAGAUCUGCCACUCUCUUGGGUUUGGUAAUAUGUAUGACAAUAUAUUUAUGAUUCUAUUUUAUCAUUGGUUCACAAUUAAACCACCACAACAAAAAAGUAUUUUUAAUAUGUUACCAACCCAUUUUCUAAAAUGAUAGUCACAGCUGGACUCCCAUUCAUUCCUUGGAAAUUCACAAGAUUUUGCAAGACACAUAUUUCUAAUCAAUUCCCAGUGAUGUCCAGUUCUGCUCAUUUUUUUGUGUGCACCACAAGUACUAGUGUAGCAAUACCUUGCCAAUACAUCCUACCUCAUAUCACAUAACUCCAUCAACUGUCAAGUAAAAUUUCGGACUAUUUUGAUUAAUUUCCAGUGAGAAGAGGGAAUAGCUUUCCACAAUCCAAUGACAAUGAAAACAAUGACUUCACAGUCCGUUCUCCUCCUCCACCAUACUCGGCACCAGCAGGAAGCAGCCUUAUAACAUAUGACUAUAGCGUAGAACAGCAAUCACUCAAGGCUGGACAGAAACCAGAUGUGGAGAUCAAUCCAUUGCAUGAAAAUUCAUCAGCCACCAACAAACAGUUGCUUAAGCAGAAUAAAGGUAUUACCGAAGGUAAGCCCACCUGUUAUAUAUACACUGGAACAUGAAUGACCUCCCUUUGUCCUUUAAUAGCACACUAAAAAGGAAAAGAAAAGGUUUACCUACCAAAUGAUUCUAUACCUUAUCACCUGAGUGCAAAGAGACAAUUUUUUACUUAAUGUGUGUAAUUUCUGGUUGUAGAGAAAAUUCCCUGGCCAGAAGCUGUAAGUUAAUUUUCCUGUUUCAUUUUAUUUUGAUUUUUAAUUUUGUUUUGUUUUGUCUUUUUUUGGCCACUUUGCCUUCGGCAUAUGGUGAUACAGCCAGUAUUUGCUUUUGGUUGCUACGCAAAAACUGUAUUAAUUAACAGCCAACAUCAUUCUUUACUUUUCUGUUGACCAACAUUGCAAUCCACAGAAUUGUGCACACAAAACUCUUUCCAAACUGUGUGAAUCCUAUGUCAUGCAACAUGCCUGAGUUAAAUUUAUUAGGCACUAACUGGUAACUACCAUUUUGAAAAUCCCCUUUCAGCUUUUGAUUAUUUAAAAGAACUUAUUUUUCCAGGGGUAAAAACUACACCAGGUAAAUUAUUUUUUGUUUGAUAUAAUCCAGGUUCUCUUGUUAAGGACAUUCCUUUUGCAACACGCACAAAGAUUGAGCGGAUGAUGAACGUCAAUAACCAUAAUGAUCAUAACUGGAGAGGUCUGGCUGCAGCCAUGAAUCUGUCAGUUGAUGAUGUUCGACAAAUGGAGGAAGGAGAAAAGGGGAAAAUGGCAGGACUCUUUGAUAACAUGAUUCAUUUGAAGAAGACAAUCAAAGAUCUUCUUGAUCUUCUUAGAAACCAAGCUGUACAGAGACUGGAUGUUAUAGAUGAGAUUGUACAGGGUUGUCAUCUUCCAAAAAACCUUUCUGAGAGUGACAACUCUGAACUCCAUGAAACAGGUUGGUUUGUAGGCAAUUAAUUGGUUAUUAUAAGGGUAGAGUGAUAUAAUAUUUUUUGUAAUUUUACAAGGCUAUGCAAAAGAGCAAAUGUCAUUUUCAUUUAAAAUAAAAAUGUCUUACUAGACAUUUUUCCGCAGUGUAUCUAUUAUUUAGUUAUAACAGUAAGUUAUAAAACGCUGUGAAGCAUAGGCAACGUAUAAAGAGUAAAUGUGGCAUCAAUAACCACCUAAUUACACUGAAUUGGUAUUUGGAAUUAAUUUUUGCUAGCAACAAGCGAUGACUGUUCCACUGUAACUUUACUGAUGUCACUGUACCAUUUAGAAGUAAGUUGAGACUUGAUACUAGCAAGAAUUGAGCAAAAAUCAAGGCAGAUAUAGAUUCCAGAUUCUUGAUGAUUGGUUCUGAUAAAACAUUCACUAUAAGAAACAGAUUUGUUAAAGUACAAAGUUUUGAGCAAGUGUCUUCUCCCUCAGUAGCUUUCAAUCCACAGAGUGUGUAAUCUAAUAGUUAUCACAAGGACACAUUAUGGCAACCUCCUCAAAGAAGCCGCAGUUUCGGACAAUACAGUCAAGUAAAAAUAUUCAUAAAAUUGAUGGACACCAAUGAAUUUUUUUAAUACUGAAAAAAAUCCAUUAUUUUUUCUUAGAUUCUGCAUCAAAAGCCACUUCAUUACCAUACUCAGAACAAGAAUCACAGGAAGCUAAAGCUGGGUGUGACACCAAACCAGAUGCUCGCAGUCCUUGUCAGAUUGAAGAUGAUGAUGAUCCCAAAGGCAAGGAAGCAGUGGCUGCUAAACCAGAUGCUCGCAUUCCCUGUCAAGAAGAAGAUGACCGUCCUAAUGGAAAGACAGCAUCAGAUACAAAACCAGAUNUAUAGAUUCCAGAUUCUUGAUGAUUGGUUCUGAUAAAACAUUCACUAUAAGAAACAGAUUUGUUAAAGUACAAAGUUUUGAGCAAGUGUCUUCUCCCUCAGUAGCUUUCAAUCCACAGAGUGUGUAAUCUAAUAGUUAUCACAAGGACACAUUAUGGCAACCUCCUCAAAGAAGCCGCAGUUUCGGACAAUACAGUCAAGUAAAAAUAUUCAUAAAAUUGAUGGACACCAAUGAAUUUUUUUAAUACUGAAAAAAAUCCAUUAUUUUUUCUUAGAUUCUGCAUCAAAAGCCACUUCAUUACCAUACUCAGAACAAGAAUCACAGGAAGCUAAAGCUGGGUGUGACACCAAACCAGAUGCUCGCAGUCCUUGUCAGAUUGAAGAUGAUGAUGAUCCCAAAGGCAAGGAAGCAGUGGCUGCUAAACCAGAUGCUCGCAUUCCCUGUCAAGAAGAAGAUGACCGUCCUAAUGGAAAGACAGCAUCAGAUACAAAACCAGAUGCUCGUGUUCCAAGUCAGGUUGAAGAUGAUGAUGAUCCUAAAAACAGAGCCCAGUCAGACUCCAAACCAGAUGCUCGUUGGCCAAGCCAGGUUGAACAUGAUGAUGAUCCUAAAAACACAGCACAGUCAGAUUCCAAACCAGAGGCCCGUUUGCCAAGCCAGGUUGAAUAUGAUGACCAUCCUAAAAGAAGAGCACUGUCAGAUACAAAACCAGAUGCUCGAGUUCCAAGUCAGGUUGAAGACGAUGAUGAUCUUAAAAGCAGAGUGCUGUUGGAUACCAAACCAGAUGCUCGUGUUCCUAGCCAAGUGGAAGGUGAUGAAGACCCAGCAUUGAGAAGUAGGACUAAACGAGCUACUCGGAUGCCCUACCAAGGUGAUGAUGAAGAUGAUGUAUUUGAGAGCACAGGUAAUAAAGGUGAUCUACUCAUAGUGCUCCUGAGAACUAGGUCAUUUCCUGACAACCAUGAGUAUUUUUUUUUGUCUUUCUUCAAGCAGUAAAAAUGAAAAUUAAGAACCAGUGGUACUAGAAGCCUCAGUAGGGCCAUUAUAAGACGCGUCUUACAUAGGACACAUCUUAAAUAAGACACAAACUUUCCGUAUAAAUGGCACAUUUCAUCUAGAAUAAGAUGCGACUUAGCUUUUAAGAUGUCUUAUUUUAGAACAGCCAAUAAUUGACCUUCAGAUCUUACAUAUGACGCGAAUGCAUUGUACGCAUGCAUUAAUUUUUGUUGCGCCAUGUUGGAUUGCUGUUGGUAACAUUCACAUGAAAACAAGUCAAGAACAGAAAUAAUACACAAACCAUUUAUACAAGCUGUUUUCGUCUUAGUUAAGACAUGCUCAUAUAAAUGGUAUAGUUCGCAUCUUAUGUAAGUCGCGUCUUAUUUUUCCUCAUAUAAAUGGCCGUAUUGUUACUGCCAAAAUAGUGUCUCACUAGGAUGGCCAUGAAUUCACCAUUUUAGAAAUGAGAUGGAAACUGGGCUCAGUAGAGGCUUCUGGGAUCAGUAUUGGGGACAUGCCAUUCAGCUAUUGGUCAAUUCUUUCCCCUGUUCCCAGUAACAGUCCCUGAAGUCUUUACCCCACCCAGCAGUAACCUUCUUGUGUUCUGAAGUGGUGAAUGGUGGGAGUGUAAAGUUCUUACAUAACAAAUAAGAUCUGAUAACAUUUAUUGUAACUGGUGAUAUCUUAAUAUAUCUAGAGUGAGGUGAAUAUUAUGGGAUAUCACCAUUAAACUUAACUUACUACACACAUGCAUAAAUAAUGUGGUUUUUUUUCAUAACUACUAGCAUGUACUUUGAAAAAACUCACCAGUAAGCUGGACAUAAAUAAAUACAUUCUUACUAUUCAAUAGCCAUUCUUGUUUAUAAUGACAAUCUUGUUUUUGGCAAUCAAACAUAACUUUAAUACAAUCUGUACACUUCACUACCUGUCUAAAGUCAGUUGCAUUACAGGCAGAGAUAUUCAUUCUUAUGUCUAUAAAUUUGUUUUGAUUGGCAGGAAACAAGGAGGUUAAAAGGAAUGCACUACUAUUAAACUGCUUUGGUAGUAGUAAAACUGAUAAAAUGCACAACAGUCAGCUGCAGGAAUUGGAAAAUGUGCUUGAAGAUCAUAACUGGGAUGGUAAGUCUUUUGUUGCAUGAUAUUCUGAGUCAGCAGUAAUAAAAAUAAUAAUAACAAUAAUAAUAAAAUAAUAAUAAUAAUGUCGGUAAUGCUGCAACUGCCAGGCUACUUACAUUGGUGAAACUGGCAGAAACCUUAGCACCUGACUGACGGAACACUUAAACAAUGGAAGGCUCGAAAUGCACCAAUGACAUUACUAGUCAGGGUGCAAAGAAAAUCAGUUUUACAGCUUGCCAUUCAGGCCAGCUAAAGCUAGCAUUUACUAGCCCAGACGUUAUUUCAACUAGCCCCAAAACUCUUUGACUAGCAGAAUUGAUUUCACAGUUCUUCUGUUAUACAAUUUCCUAAAAAAAAAACCUCACUUGCCCAUCGGACAAGUUAAAAACAGAAUUCACUAACCCGACAGCAAAAUCCACUAGCCCCUGGCUAUCGGACAGUACUUUCUUUGCACGCCGCUAGUCUUCAAAGCCAAUAACAUCACGGCUUAACUAACGGAUGACCAAUAACAUCACAACUUAAUUGACAAAUCAGGUCAAUAACCAGAGUUUAAUACCAUCAACUGAUGUGAUACAACACACACUGACUCUGAAGAUGACUACCACAUGGGUUGUCAAAACGUCAGUCACUCUCAACAACAACAGUCCUAUUCAGGACUACAUUCACCCCGAUGAUCAUACUCAACCUACUUAUGGAAUGACUCCUGGUUUCAAACCUUUCACAAUGCCGGCCAUAAUAAUAAUAAUAAUAAUAAUAAUAAUAAUAAUAAUAAUAAUAUUAUUAUUAUUAUUAUUAUUAUUAUUAUUAUUCUCAUCAUCAUUAUUAUUGUUGUUGUUAAUAUUAUUAUUGUCAUUAAAUUAUUAUUAUUAUUGUUAUUAUUAUUGUUACUGCUAUUAUUCAUGGGGUCCAACCCAUUUUAUAUGCAUACAUAUGUAUUAUAUGCAAGUGCUCCUGUAUUCAUGUAUAAUUUAGAUAUUGAUUAGUGAAGAAAGACUUGAAAUAAAUUCAAAGCAACGUUGUCAUGAACACAAUUCACCAAUGAAUGAACUAUUGAGUGUACAUGUAUAAUAACAGCUGAAGUAGAUAUGAUAUAACAUUUAAAGAUGUUAGAUUCUGAAUGCAAUUUCCCUGGUCCCAGAGGUUUGUUUCUGCAAGUGCUUUUUGGCUAGUUCUCUCUCAUGUGGAGCAAUUUUCAAGAAUAACCCCUGGGACCAGUAUGAGGCCAGUAACUUAAAGUAAACCCUGUUACCUUGUUUAAGAAUAAUUUUAUGUUGUUGAUAUUUUUUUCCUUCUACUACUUUAAUUUUGGUACUUUAGUAAAGUGCCACCGCAAAUGCAAGGCAUCGGAGUUGCUUCAGGCUGUUCACUCAUUUCUGGAUGCAAACAGUAGUGACGAGUCUUUAUCCUUCAUUUACCUUGCUGGCCCCACAGUGCAUGUAAGUCAGCAUUAAUGUUUCUUUUUAUAAUUUUUCUGCCUAGAAGCUCAACAUUUUUCAUGAAGUCUUGCAAGCAAACAUUAUAUAGUGAGCAAGUACAAGAAACCUGUACCACAGUAAAUGUGCUUAUGCGGUGAUUGACUUCUACAGUACUAACGCUCUAUUAAUUUUUGAAAUCAAAUGAAUGUUAUGCCUUUGAACCAAUCUUUGGCAAGAAAUUGUGAAUUCAAAAUGCUUCUCUUUGUUUUUGUACAAGUUUGUCUUUUUUAAAUUAUGAUUUCUGCGGGCUAUAAAACUUGCAGUGAUUAUUUUGUAUUUGAAAUAAAACCCACAAUUAAUUUUCAAUCAGUAUUAAUAAAAUGAUAUAUUUUACCUGCAUCAUGUUUUUUUUCCUUGUUUGUAGAUUAAUGGAAAGAAUUACCUGCUUCCAACAGAUUUGAAAUGUCCUUCCUCCCAGGCUGACCUUAUGCGCGAUGCCCUGGACAUCAACUGGCUGGUGUCACAUCUAAGCGAGAAUUAUGUUUGUAUUCAAACAUCUUGUGUUUUACAGUCUCUCUGUCAUUAUCUGACCUGAAAUUGAAUUUAACACAUCAAGUCCAGACAAAAAAUUAAAAUGACACAAGAAGGGGGCAUGCAUUAUUCACUGGGAACCAGAUGAAACAAUUCUGUGAUCACUGUCAAACCUUAUGGCUUUCAAAAGUAGAAAUUAAAGAACAUUUAAUAAGAUACAGAAUAUUGCAUUAAUUAAUUGCAUCUCAGUUUAGAAGUUUGUUGUACUUUUAAUAUUUUCUUUGUCAUAAUUUAUUUUUGAGCAAAAGUGAGUACAAAAAAAGAUUGUUGUUGUUGUUAGAAAACAGUUCAACUGUAGUAUGUUUUUAACUUUGACUAAUGUUAUUGAUGUAGGGACUUUCUUUGCAAUAAGCAAACAAAAAAAUGAUCAGGUCUUGCUCAGUACACAAUCUUUACCAGCAGAACCUCUGAAAAUGAAAUCCCAAAUUAAGUUAACAGACAAGAAAUAAGAUUUCUAAUUUGAAAUAGGUUGAAAUGCAUUAUAUUUAUUCUCAUUCUUAAUCAUUUUUAUAAUCAUCUUUUUUUUUUUGUAGAUGCAAGUGGUAGUAGUUGAUGGUGCUUUUGAAAAUGCUCAAACAGACAUAAAACUUAAAGGUGUUUUAAAGGGUCUUGCUCCGAUUCCUCCUCCACCAAAUGCAGUCAUUGCGUUUCCCUGUCAUCCAGGAACAAUUCGUCCAGAACAGGAAAGACUGUAAGUACCAUAUUAUUUUUUAUCUUAUCAAAAUAUUUUCAUCUUGGAGAAAUACCUCUGCAAAUCCUCUCCAAAGAAAUAGCUGGGGCAUAAUUGGCUUUUAUUUCCCUUCCCUGUAAUGUUGGGCAUUAGACUUGCUACAAGUUGACCUCACAAGCUUGGCAAGCUGAGCAGCAUUUUUUAGGCCACAAAAUUGUAGAUCAAGCUGCUUUAAAAUGCUCUUUGUUCUAUACUAUUUCCAGUGUGAUUUUCACACUAAAUAAAUUGUACUUUUGUCACUGAAAUACAAUUUAAUACUAUAGAACACCAUAUUUAAGAAUGUAACCUCCCACAGUUACUAGCCAUUACUUACUUUGUUACAAUCAGGGUUCGUACUUUUUUGAGUUCUUCAAAUUCCAUGACUUUCCUUGACUUUUUCCAUGACCUUUUCUACUUUUCCAUGACCUUAGGUUUAGCUGUCAAUUUCUAAAAUUUUGAAAACUGUACCUGUUUUACCGAAUUUUUGGCCCUUAAACAGUUCAACAGAAACAAACUCUGGUAUCCACCAAAAUGCAUUUCCAUUCGUGCUGUUUAAUUACUCCUUUUUAUCUUACGUUAUCCUGGCUUGCUUCGUCAUCUGCAGUAUGACUAAUCUACCACACAAAGGUGAAAACGUUAAUUUUCCGUGACUUUCAAGGACCGAAAAUGAAAUUCCAUGACUUUCCAGGCAUUGAAAAUGAAAUUCUUAAAAUUCCAUGACUUUCCAGGUUUUCCAUGACCUGUACGAACCCUGACUAUAAAGCUUACAUCUCAGAUUUUUAAUGUAAAUUUUAAUUACUGAUAAUCAAUCCUACAUGAGUUUACACAAACUUUUGAAAAAAUAAUUAAUAAAACAUUAGUCAGUCUUGUUUGAAUGAUAAAUUGGGGACUUAAUAUUGUUGUUGACGAUGUAGGUUAUACUUUCAAUUCAGUCAGAAUAAGAGGCCAGAAGCAUUGCUAACUACAGAAUUAUUUAUAUCUUCAAUCAUCAGAGAUUACAUUAAAUGUUUGUUGGCAAACCUAGAGGAUGAUCGUAUAAUGCUAUGUGAUCUGUUUGACAAAGUCCGAGAUGAGUUGAUGAAGAAGAAUCCAAACUGCAGUGUACCUAUCGAGUUUUCACUCAGCCCUUCGCUUUUCCCACUCCGCCUCAAGACUGAAAACAAUAAAGGUUAGUACCAACCGGGUUUUCUUAUCAUUUUCAGAACACACUAAUCUGCUUUUUGCUGAGCCAUUGUCUUUGCAAACGUGGUAGAGUAUUGAACUGCCUUACAUACACAAUUCUUCCAACAUGAUGAAACAUUGUGUGCCAGCCUUUCUUCUUAAAUACUACAGCUACCAAAGUAGAAAUUGCUUAACCUUGGUUAUAGUUCAGUCAAGGAACUUACCAUUGGUCAUAAAUGACCAGGCAGGCAGGUCUAUUCAUACUGCAAAUUUCACUAUUAAUCAAUCUGGCCAGACCAGUUCUUGAUUAAGGUGGCCCGAACCUAUUUAUUUGUGCGUUGGUUAUGCUUUUGAACCAGGUUUUUUGGCAGGAAUGUUUUAACCGAUCUCCAUGAUUUCUGGGAUCCUUAAUAAAGAAUGGUCAAACAUUGAGAAAAUGCUAUGUAUUUUCUUACAGGUAUAAAAACGUUUGAGAUAUCGGCAUAUGUUUAAGACCGCAUUUUUACAAAAAAUGUCAAUAAUAUCAAAACCCUAAGACAGAUUUUUCUCUAACUUUGGCAAAUAAGCCUCAGAGCUCUCUAGUUUUAUAUCUGCAAGUUUGAAGUCAAUCGUGACCGUAGAACUUGCUGCACAAAUAGCUGAUCAAAUUCAACCUUAAAAUGCAACACUAAUACAUUUGUGAAAGUUGACACAGAAAUAGAGGACAACUGCCGACAGACUAUCCCCUAUCUGCAAGGGUAUACUGUCUUGCCCAAAGCUUUAGGUGCAAGAAACUGAGUAAAUCAGAAACCUACGGCGAAUACAGUUCACAAUGCAAGAAGAACAACUUUAUGCUGAAUGCAGGGAAAGAUUAAAUAACUUCUAUUUAUCAAAGUUACUGUGCAUUUUCCCUUCUCUUUUCACAAAAAAUCUCAACAAAGCACAAUAUAACAUCUACGAAAAUCUCCUACCAGUUUUUAGGACUGGAUGUUCCCAUCUUGAGGAGAUAUAAAGCCACCAACUCCAGUACUUCAACCAAUCCAUUUUCAGCUGUAACAAAAACCCUGGUAUUAAGUAAUUUAUUCAAGUUUGAAAGAUUUGCCAUCACACUGGCACGGGCAUUUUGCCAUUGGGGAUAAUGAAAAGAAUAAGACGAUUGUCAUAUUUUCUUCAUCUUUAUCUCCAACUGGCAAACUUCCCAUAAAAACCUUGAAUAAAUUACCAAGUACAAGGGCUUUCAGUGCAGCUAAAAAAAUGGGCGGUUAGAAGUACAGGAGUUGGUGGCUUUAUUUCUCCUCAAAACGGAAACCUGCGACGUUAAAAACUCUUGAGAGUUUUUCAUAGAUAAUAUAAUUUGCUUUGUUAAGAUAGAUUUCAAAAAGAGAGGGACAAAUACAAAGUAAGUUUGAUAAAUAGAAAUAAAUAAAUCUCGCCCCACAUUCAGCAUAAAGUUGUUCUCCUUGUAUUGCGAACUGUAUUCGCCGUAGGUUUCUGAUUACUCAGUUUCUCACAACUGAAGCUUUGGGUAAGAAUACCCUUGCAGAUAGGAGUUGGCCGUCAGCAGUUUCCCUCUAUUCAUGCAUCAACUUUCACAAAUGUGUUAGCAUUGCAUUUUAAGGUUAAAUUUGAGCAGCUAUUUGUGCAGCAAGGUUCUAGGGUCACGAUUGACUUUAAACUUGUAGAUAUAAAACUAGGGAGCUCUGAGGCUUAUUUGCCGAAGUUAGAGAAAAAUCUGUCUUAGGGUUUCGAAAUUAUAUUUUUUUUUUAUAUAUUAAUUUUUGCAAGCUUCGCAAUUAUAUCUUUUGUAAAAAUGCGGUUUUAAACAUUACGCCGAUAUCUCAAACAUUUUUAUACCUACAGGAAAAUUUUUUCUUAAAGUUCGACCAUUCCUUAUUAAGGAUGCCAAAAAUCAUGGAAAUUGGUUAAAUCAUUCCUGCCGAAAAACCCAAUUGAAAAACAUAACCAAUGGGCAUAUAAAUGGGUUCAGGCUACCUUAAAUGCAUGUAGUAUGCAUGGUAAUGCUCUGUAAAAUUUAUAAAUGUGAUUAAAAAAUAAUUGUGAGGCUAUAGUCCAAAAAUCAGCCCUUGGGAAUAUUCCCUCUCAAUAAUAACUUCCAGUGAUGAUGAUGGUGCAAGUACAAAUCGCUUUAACUGUAACAAUACGGAACUUAUAUUUUGUUCCCUCACAUAAAAUAAUUUUAUUUUAUUCUGAAUUUGGGUAAAAAAAAAUGUGGUGAAGAACAUUGAAAACUUAAAUACCUAUAUGUUGUUUUGUAUUACAUGUGUGUUGUAACAACAGAUUAAAUUGCUAAGAAAAUGUUGUGAAACAAAUCUCAAUCUGUUCUUGCCCAUGAUUGACAAAUCAUGUCUUAACCACUUAUGUAUUAUUAUGGUAAUGGGUUUUUGGGAAUGGCAUAUUUGAGCAGCUUUUUUGUUACUCUUGUCAAAAGGGCUUCACUUGGAAUCCAAUGUAACUUGCCAUGCCAUAAUAGUUGCAAACUCCACGUAUAGUGGCAGUGGUCUUAUCAACACCAAUCAAUGCUUGAAAGACUGUGAAAAGCUACGGAUGGCUUUGCUUAAGGGUCAGUGGGAAUGCACUGGUAUGUAUACUAAAAUUUAUAAAUUUUAUUAAGCCAUAUAAUUAUUGGGGGGAGGGGUGUUGUGCAAAAUAAAGAGUCCCCUGAUGUUAGAUCUCCGGAGGUUGGCAAAGCCUCUGAGUGAUCUUGUAAACUCUAUUCUUGAACUCACUCAUAAUUCUUGAAGGAUACCUGAGUUUGUUUGUAGGAUGUUAGCCUGCAGUACAGGCGUUAUUUUUUCAUGUUUUUCGGGCGAGUGAAAGCAAUCGCAAAGCAAGCGAUGAGUGCGAUUGUCUUCACUCGCCUGAAAGCCUUCACUCACCCGAAAAAGCCAUCUUAAUGGCUCAUGGAUAUUGGCCAAGUUCUUUUUGCAUAUUUAUUCACCGAGAUGAAGUCAAGGACAAUUAAAGCACAUAAAAGAACGAGGCCAUUGUAGCCUUCUUGACCAAACAAACUUAGUCAAGACAGGAUUUAUUGCAUUGACAAAAAGAGAACUUUUUCUUACGGGACCAACGCGGGAAAUCCCGAGCGGGCAAGAUGGCGCCAUUAAUUCAUUUACUCGAAUUUGCUCUUUUACACGUUUGUCUUUGUUCUGCUGUCUGAUCAAGUUUUAUACUACUUUCAUUGAAGUCUAUAGGUAUUGCAUUGUUCUUUAAAUGUUUGUUUUGUCAUAUUGCAACGACAGAAGUUAUUAACAAGACAGGCAAAGAGAUAAAAAACGAGUUGAGGGAAUCUUUAAACAAGCUGAGUGAGGACAAAAAGGACAGGGUUGUGAUGGUGUAUUUUAUGGGCUACACUCGAAAGGUAAGGUUAUGUUAUUUUCAAGAAAACAAGCUAACCCUUACCUUAAUUAAAAUGGUUGCCGUUGUUAAUUUUGCCAAGGCAGGAAUCAGUUCCCGUUUUUUUUGUUGGAUUGGACAGCAGCAGCGCGCGUUUUUCCAAUAUGAGAGGUGUAGAGGCAUUGUUAGUUGUUUCCUAUAAUUUUCGUAAGCAUCGAAGAAGUAUUUAGUACGUUAGAAAGCUUUUUUUCCCCGUUAAUGCCGCCAGAUCGCAGAACAAUAUUCAUUUAUCCCCGCUCGAAGUUCGCGCUAUGUUAGUCACGUGACUAUCUUGGGUACUAGUUCCCAGGCUCCUUCUCUCUGCCAAAAACGAGGAACCGAAAUAAGAAAUUGGGCUAAAUUGGAAUCCUGCAUCACGGACAUCGAUUAAAAAUUGACCAACCUUUGGGACCUUUGUCAAUUCAAUAAUUUAUAAAACUACGGCACUCUUUGUGAACUUUUAUUGUGUUUUCUCAUCAACAAUGAUCAAGAGAAAAAAAGACCAGUUAAUAAAAGCGUAAAAAGUCGACGUUUCGACGCCAUAUUUCGAUCCCACAGCGGCGACAUCCAUGAAAAUGUCGCUGAAAGUAGACUUCGCAUCCUUUCAGUUUUUUUCGCAAUUAUCCCAAGGGGCUCAGUUACUUAAAAGAAGGGAAUUUGGGUUGGAGCUGAAGAGAGAGGGCCACGCCCAAUUCCUGGACAGAGAUUGUAGAAUUUAUAGCCUUGCCAUUCCCGUUCCCAAGUAAACUUAAAAUUUGGUCAUUUCACGUCUUAGUUAUGCAGGGACUGCAAAGAAAUGUACAAAAAAGCGUGAUGCACGUGCCGAGUUGUUGUUUUGUCCAUUAAACCUAUUGCCAGCUUUGACGUUCCCUUUGCCGACGCCGCCGUAGUUUCGUAAGGUCCCUAUUGGCACUCCCUUAUUUGGUCUAGACGGAUAUGUACCGCUGAACCGCUGAAGAGGAUAUGGUUUCAGGGUCUUGAGUUUUAAACAGGGUAUACAGUUUCACCAUUCGACGCCUUUAACAGGGUGUUGUUUUGGACUGGAAGUUUGCGUCUGAGCGGUCUUCGUUUAUUGGCACCUACAAUCUUUUUCCAAAAAGUGUCAUUCCUUGAUAUUACUUUGAAAAAUAACCUAACUUUUGAGCAAAUUUUUGAGAAAUUACGGAAAACGUUUUGGAAAAACUCGAGCAACUUGUGCAAAAGCCUAACCCCAGCUGUAACCCCACCUAUCAUGUAAAUGCAAUCAAAUUUAAACGAGAGAUUAUAUAGCCUACGAACGGCAGACGUAUUUCCGGUCGUCGAUUCUCUCCCUUCGAAAAAUCUGAGGGAGAGAAGCGACGACCGGAAAUACGUCUGCGGUUCGCAGGCUAGAGAUUAUAUGGACUGGUGAGUUACCUCAUCUUCUUGGGGUCCCCCACCUUCAUGUAAACAGGCCCUUAAAUUAGAUUGUAUUGAUAAAAGCGUUACGAUGACGCCGAAACGUUUUCACGCUUUUAUUUUGUGUUAUUACAGAUAUUGGAUCGUAACUGUUUCUUUGGAAGAGAUUUCACUGUUGGUUCUCUUGAGCCUCUACGUUCAAGUGUCCCUCUUAAGUGGGUACUGGAUCUCAUAUGUGAGAAACUUAAAGGGGUGAGUAGUAUUUCUACCCUGGAUCAGUGAGCUAGAUAUGGUGUAGAAUGUACAUUGCUUGAAGGGUAUAGCGAGUUUAAUAUCCGAAACACUACUAGCAAAAGACUGAACAAUAUAAAGACUUUCUUAAAGUCCUUCGCUUCUCAUUUCCGGUUCCGGUAGUUGGCCCCAGCGCGAAGGACGAGCUCUCGCUCCUUCGCUCGUUUUUGCUGCAGAAAACAUAAAAAAAUCUACCGCCCGCGCUUCGCGCUCGUGAAAGAAUCUGAGCUCGACUUGUAGGCAAGUCUAAACAAUAUACAGCUAUUUCGAGAAAGGCUGUCGGGUGAAGUGCACGCGACAAUCCCGAAAGGUAUUAUGGGUGCUUUUGAGUUCGCUGUUCUUCAAAGAAAUUGGAAUGGAUGACACGAGAGGCCAUGGACGCAUGUUUGCGAGUGCUAAAAGAAAGCAAAAAAGUAGCGUAGUUACAGUGUCAGGAACAGUGUAUUGAUCAGACCCCUGUUACCUUUCGGGAUUGUCACGUGUAUAUUUUUUCAGACAACCUUUCUCGAAAUAGCUGCAUACGCAGAAGCUACUUCUUACUUAGUGCUGCGUAAUUCAAAACAGGGGCUUUCCAACAUGAUAUUUCGGUUUUGUACCACGUGAAUGACCAGCUGCAAAGGGCCUAUUAAGGAGGUUAACCGUCAUUCGUCAAAGGCUCAAAAUUUAACUGUCAAUUAUAUUUCCAACCUUCAACCGUCGGGGAGGACCCAUAGCUAUGGCCCUCUUACUUCUCUCUCCUGCUGCUCAGUAUCAUAAAUUAUCAUUCAUUCAUUAAUUAAUCUUUUGCAUUUCUUUUUUCAGCCAAAAAUCUUAAUAGUAGAUGACUUAGGAACAAGCCAGCCGGAAGGACUGGUACCAAUGACAGCUCCAAAUGAUGUGUUGAUCAGUUUACCUAGAGAAAAUAAACCCUGGUGGGUAAAACUUUGAGAAGUAAAUUUUUGCGGCUUCAGCCGAGUUCUACUAAUGCAGAGACUUAAGCGUAGCUACGAGGGAGGUUCUAAAAUGCCGUGGCCUCAAAACCUGAAUAAAGUCGGGAUACUGCGUUUCAAAAAAUAACGCAUUAAUAAACUCAUUCGUAGCUGAAUGCAAAUCAGUGUUAAGAAGGUCUAAAUUGAAAUCACCCAUUAUGUAACACAUUUUAUUGUCCCUGGUUACCCGAUGAAGCAAUUGGUGAAAAGAUUGCAAUUGGUGAAAAGAUUUGGUCUUUGCACGUCUUAGUUAUGCAGGGACUGCAAAGAAAUGUACAAAAAAGCGUGAUGCACGUGCCGAGUUGUUGUUUUGUCCAUUAACCCUUUUGCCAGCUUUGACGUUCCCUUUGCCGUCGCCGCCGUAGUUUCGUAAGGUCCCUAUUGGCACUCCCUUAUUUGGUCUAGACGGAUAUGUGCCGCUGAACCGCUGAAGAGGAUAUGGUUUUCAGGGUCUUGAGUCUUAAACAGGGUAUACAGUUUCACCAUUCGACGUCUUUAACAGGUUGUUGUUUUGGACUGGAAGUUUGCGUCUGAGCGGUCUUCGUUUAUUGGCACCUACAAUCUUUUUCCAAAAAGUGUCGUUCCUUGAUAUUACUUCGAAAAAUAACCUAACUUUUGAGCAACUUUUUGAGAAAUUACGGGAAACGUUUUGGAAAAACUCGAGCAACUUGUGCAAAACCUUAAUCCCAGCUGUAACCCCACCUAUCAUGUAAAUGCAUUCAAAUUUGAACGAGAGAUUAUAUAGCCAACGAACUGCAGACGUAUUUCCGGUCGUCGCUUCUCUCCCUUCGAAAAAUCUGAGGGAGAGAAGCGACGACCGGAAAUACGUCUGCGGUUCGCAGGUUAUAGAUUAUAUGGACUGGCGAGUUACCUCAUCUACUUGGGGUCCCCCACCUUCAUGUAAACAGGCCAUUAUAUUAGGUUGUAUUGAUAAAAGCGUUACGAUGACGCCGAAACGUUUUCACGCUUUUGUUUUGUGUUAUUACAGAUUUUGGAUUGUAACUGUUUCUUUGGAAGAGAUUUCACUGUUGGUUCUCCUGAGCCUCUACGUUUAAGUGUCCCUCUUAAGUGGGUACUCGAUCUCAUGUGUGAGAAACUUAAAGGGGUGAGUAGUAUUUCCACUCUGGAUCAGUGAGCUAGAUAUGGUGUAGAAUGUACAUCGCUUGAAGGGUAUAGCGCGUUUAAUAUCCGAAACACUACUAGCAAAAGACUGAACAAUAUAAAGACUUUCUUUAAGUCCUUCGCUUCUCAUUUCCGGUUCCGGUAGUUGGCCCCAGCGCGAAGGACGAGCUCUCGCUUCUUCGCUCGUUUUUGCUGCAGAAAACGUAAAAAAAUCUACCGCUCGCGCUUCGCGCUCGUGAAAAAAUCUGAGCUCGACUUGUAGGCAAGUCUAAACAAUAUGCAGCUAUUUCGAGAAAGGCUGUCGAGGAAGUGCACGCGACAAUCCCGAAAGGUAUUGUGGGUGCUUUUGAGUUCAAAGAAACUUGAAUGGAUGACACGAGAGGCCAUGGGCGCAUGUUUGGGAGUACUAAAAGAAAGCAAAAAAGUAGCUUAAUUACAGUGUCAGGAACAGUGUAUUGAUCAGACCCCUGUUACCUUUCGGAAUUGUCACGUGCACAUUUUUUCAGACAACUUUUCUCGAAAUAGCUGCAUACGCAGAAGCUAACUUGAACUAGCAGCCGUUGUCUCCCUAGCACCCCAUUUUUCUUACUUAGUGCUGCGUAAUUCAAAAAAGGGGCUUUCCAACAUGAUAUUUCGGUUUUGUACCACGUGAAUGACCAGCUGCAAAGGGCCUAUUAAGGAGGUUAACCGUCAUCCGUCAAAGGCUCAAAAUUUAACUGUCAAUUAUAUUUCUAACCGUCGGGGAGGACCCAUAGCUAUGGCCCUCUUACUUCUCUCUCCUGCUGCUUAGUAUCAUAAAUUAUCAUUCAUUCAUUAAAAAAUCUUUUGCAUUUCUUUCUGCAGCCGAAAAUCUUAAUAGUUGAUGACUUAGGAACAAGCCAGCCGGAAGGACUGGUACCAAUGACAGCUCCAAAUGAUGUCUUGAUAAGUUUACCUAGAGAAAAUAAACCCGGGUUGGUAAAACUUUGAGAAGUAAUUUUUUGCGGCUUCAGCCGAGUUCUACUAAUGCAGAGACUUAAGCGUAGCUACGAGGGAGGUUCUAAAAUGCCGUGGCCUCAAAACCUGAAUAAAGUCGGGAUACUGCGUUUCAACAAAGCUACGGUUAUUCGGGCAACAAAAACGUGCAAAGUAUUUUGCAAUUUUGUUACAAAACGAGUUGAAAAGUGAUGUUGCGCGUUUUACCACCCGCGUUCAAAACUGUCUCGCUACCAAUCAGGUUGUUGCAAGUUGCGUGAAUGCUGACUUCUGAUUGGAUAAAAUGAUGAAGGAGUCAUAUCAUAUACUGGAGUUACGUCACCUGCUGCAAAACAAUUUUGACUUCGGCCAGUAAAAUGCGCAACAUGUACAGAUUUUGUCGCAAAAAUUAGCACUACUCUCUACUUUCUGCAACAACUUUUUGCAACUGCAACAACUUGAUUUAUGCAAGGCAUGCAUUGAGGCCAAGACAGGUUAAAGUGGUGUCGGCCGCUUACGAGAGAUCGUUGUUUACUAGAGGCUCCAACUGUAAUGAUUAGACUGGGAAAAUUUAGGUGUUUUGAUAGGUGGUCGCUUAAUAUGAGAAGUAAGCGCACAUGGGGGUUCGACUGUAUCAAAAACCAAGAUGAAUGAACUCAUGAGAAGUAGCUAUGUCUGCCCGGCUGCCAAUUUUUUCGUCAUUACCUGCAGGAACGAUCGAAUAAGCAUUUUCAUUGUAACAUCACAAGUAUCGAAACACUAGCAUCCUUUUGAGUUGUCUAAGCCCUUAAGCUAAGAAAAUUGUCGAUUUUGACAACGCUCGCUAUGCAGUGAGGGAAGCUAUUUUCUCACUGGUUCACGUGAUUACCUGUCCGAUUGUUCCAAUGAAAAUGAGCACACUCUUUUUUUAUAAAAAUAUCGAGGCUGAAAUUUGCGAAAUUUUAAGAAUAGUUUAAGAAUAAAACCGAGGCUGAGACUUUGAAAGCGAUGUUGUUUUGUGUGUUGAAAAUCUGAAUUAUACGUUUUUAUCUUAACCGUGUAAAAAAACUAGGGAGCUUUAGGAAAGACAACGGCGACGGCAACGAGAACGUCAAAAAAAAAAAGAAAUAAGUUUAUCCUGAUUAAGCAAAACAACAACUUUGCACGUGCAUCACGCUUUUUUGUACAUUUCUUUGCUGUCACUGCGCGACUACGACGUGAAAAUGCCUAAUUUCACGUUUUCAUGGAGGACGUAAAUUAGCGACGAAGAUUUUUUGCUCAUUUCUAAACUUGAGUACGGUCCUCUAGGGAAAUCCGCCUACAUUUGACAUUUUCAGCGAACUAUGGGAUAAACGCGAAAAAGUUUGAAAAAACGCCGAUUCAUUUAAAAAGUGAGGUUUCGCUGCCGAAAUAAGCCAAAUGUUCUAUGCUAAUGACAGUUCGAUGAACGGUAUAUAGCACAAGCUUAGGAUGAUAGCAUACUAGCAUGGUAUAUAGCUCAAACUGAAGAAAUGAACAAGCCGCAAAAAGAUAGACUACGAGCAGUCUCUCUUGUUUCUUGGUCCGUCGAGCAAAACAUGCGAGACACGCAAAUGACCACGCGCGUGACUAUAGGCACGAGAUUAGAGAGGGCUCCCGCCCUCGUUUCUCGCCUCUCGCGGCUUCGCCGUUCGACGCUCGCGCUCGCGUUCGCGUGCACUCCCCGCACUAAAUCUGAAGAAAAAGAGAGACUGCUCGCAGUCUACAAAAAGAAAAUGAUAAAUUCUUUCUUUUUUAAUAUAAUUUAAGAAUGAUACAAACAUAUUUUAAGCCUAAAAUCAGAGGGGGAAAGAGAGAAUAUUCAGCCUUGUUCGGAAAAAUCAUAUUCUUAUAAAAACAAAGUGGAGCUAACUGUAAUGAUUUACUAACUGUAAUGAUUUACAUUAACGUCUUGUAUUCUUUCGCCAGGCCUAAUGAAGCCAGUGUCACGACCAAAUUUGCUGGGUUCCUGGAAACCAAAGCUGGUGAACUUUCCCUGAAGGAGAUGGUACAAAAAGCAACUUUUGAUCGACACCGCCUUAGUUCUAGUUUAUAUUUAAACUGA